ACAGUCAAAGUGUUCAUCGGUAGGUAUAAUGUUUCGCUACUCAGUGACACAUGUACUUUCAUCUAGUUUCAAUCGUUUCAAUCGCGUUGGCAGAAAUUGUGUGAAUUUGGUCGGUGUCGGUCAGAAUAAAAUUCCAUUGAGAAACACUUCUACUUUCCGCAAAUACAGUAUGUCCGGACAAUAUUCAAUUGUUGAGCGUGGAACGCCAAAUUCAUCCAACUAUCGAGUGUUUUUAAAAAAUUCGUUGGGCAAACUCGUCUCCCCAUUACACGACAUUCCAUUGCAUGCCAAUGAUGACAACAAUGUUUACAAUAUGGUCGUGGAAGUGCCUCGAUGGACAAACGCUAAAAUGGAGAUAUGCCUCAACGAACCGUUGAAUCCGAUCAAGCAAGACAUCAAGAAAGGAAAAUUACGAUUCGUUGCAAACUGUUUCCCACAUCACGGCUACAUCUGGAAUUACGGUGCAUUUCCACAGACGUGGGAAAAUCCAGAUCAUUUGGACGCAGCCACAGCAUGCAAAGGUGAUAAUGAUCCGAUCGAUGUGCUGGAAAUUGGCUAUCGAGUUGCCACCCGCGGUGAAGUGGUACAGGUCAAAAUACUGGGCAUUAUCGCGUUGAUCGAUGAGGGCGAAACCGAUUGGAAGGUCAUAACAAUAAAUGUUAACGAUCCGUUGGCGGCACAAAUGAAUGAUAUUGGCGAUGUGGAAAAACAUUUUCCUGGUUUAUUGAAAGCGACGAUUGAAUGGUUUAAGAUUUAUAAAAUUCCCGAUGGCAAACCGGAAAACCAGUUCGCUUUCAAUGGUGAAGCGAAAAACGCUGCAUUUGCUGUAAACAUUGUCAACGAAACGCAUGGCUUCUGGAAUGGACUGAUUAGUAAAGAGAUCGAAAAUGACAAGAUCUCGUGCGUCAACUCAAACGUUCCCGAUUCACCGGAUUAUAUCAAUGAAGACCAGGCCAAUCAAUUCUACAAUGAAAGCAUUAACGGCGGAGAGGCUGAACCAGUAAACGAUUUGGUGGAUAAGUGGCAUUUUAUUCACUUGAAAUAAAUUUUUUUUAGAUUUGAACCAUUGUCUGCACAUCUGUCUUGCACGCCUAGUGCGCAAUAAAUAGAUUGCUGUGUU